CUGUACUGCGCAUGUGCAGUCGUAUUCUCACGCUUUGCUUACUAGGGUGAAUUGAAUUUGCAGUAGGGUAGUCAUCAUGAAGGCUCUCAGAGGAAUGGUGAGCGGAGCCGUAAACGAAAUAUCAUCCGCCGUUACCGGGAGCAAACACGUCGCCGUUCGGGAAAAUGUGCUUGCCGUUACUCGUGACUACAUCUCUCAGCCGAGAUUGACAUAUAAAACCGUGGCUGGUGUUAAUGGACCCCUGGUGAUUUUGGAUCAAGUGAAGUUUCCCAGGUAUGCCGAGAUCGUCCAUCUGACACUGCCUGAUGGCACCAAGAGGAGUGGACAAGUGCUGGAGGUCACCGGAUCCAAAGCUGUGGUUCAGGUGUUUGAGGGAACAUCUGGUAUUGAUGCCAAAAAAACCUCAUGUGAAUUUACAGGGGACAUUUUGCGCACACCUGUAUCUGAGGAUAUGCUGGGUCGUGUCUUCAAUGGAUCGGGAAAGCCAAUCGAUCGAGGACCACCAGUGCUGGCAGAAGAUUACUUGGACAUUAUGGGUCAGCCAAUUAAUCCUCAGUGUCGUAUUUAUCCUGAGGAGAUGAUCCAGACUGGAAUCUCUGCCAUUGAUGGAAUGAACAGUAUUGCCAGAGGGCAGAAAAUUCCCAUUUUCUCUGCAGCUGGUCUACCCCACAAUGAAAUUGCUGCACAGAUCUGUCGUCAGGCAGGAUUGGUAAAGAAGUCCAAAGAUGUGAUGGAUUACAGCGAGGAAAACUUUGCCAUCGUGUUUGCUGCCAUGGGGGUCAAUAUGGAGACUGCAAGAUUUUUUAAGUCCGAUUUCGAAGAGAACGGGUCCAUGGACAACGUGUGCCUCUUUUUAAAUUUGGCCAACGAUCCCACAAUUGAACGCAUCAUCACCCCUCGACUUGCACUUACAUCAGCUGAGUUUCUGGCCUACCAGUGUGAGAAGCACGUGCUGGUCAUAUUGACUGACAUGAGCUCCUACGCCGAAGCUUUACGAGAGGUCUCUGCGGCUAGAGAGGAGGUGCCCGGCCGACGUGGUUUCCCAGGGUAUAUGUACACUGAUCUGGCCACAAUAUAUGAGCGAGCCGGACGCGUGGAGGGACGAAAUGGCUCCAUCACUCAAAUCCCAAUCCUUACUAUGCCCAAUGAUGAUAUCACCCAUCCUAUUCCGGAUUUAACGGGUUACAUCACUGAGGGUCAAAUUUAUGUAGACAGACAACUUCACAACAGACAGAUCUACCCGCCAAUCAAUGUACUACCUUCUUUGUCCCGACUGAUGAAAUCAGCCAUCGGCGAGGGGAUGACACGCAAAGAUCACUCGGAUGUUUCCAAUCAGCUGUAUGCAUGCUAUGCCAUCGGAAAAGAUGUGCAGGCAAUGAAGGCCGUGGUUGGAGAAGAAGCGCUGACAGCAGAUGACUUGCUGUACUUGGAAUUCUUACAGAAGUUUGAGAAGAACUUUAUAGCUCAGGGUGCGUACGAGAACCGAACUGUGUUCGAAACAUUGGAUAUCGGCUGGCAGCUCUUGAGAAUCUUCCCCAAAGAGAUGUUGAAGAGGAUUCCUCAGAGCACUUUGGCUGAGUUUUACCCUCGAGAUUCAAAGCAUUAGUUCUUCUUCUUUUCUCAAUCAGUCAGUCAAUGUCAUUGGUGAAUCUUCUACAGUAAUACAUGCUACUCAAUCUCUGCUACUCUAAGUCAAGUACACUGUUGCUCCAGUAGUGAAUGGAAUACCAAGUUGUUAUUCAUGCUGCUCUUGAAAUUUAUUUGAUAUGUAAGUGUUGCUAAAUAGAAAAAUAUAUUGUGUGAAUUUAGUCGCUCUGUUGUUGCACUGGAAGGUCAGAGAUGUUCAGUGUGCUCAGUGUUUUGUUAUGAUAAAGUGGUGUGUGUGAUGUGGCAAUGGGCUUUUUUUCUCAUAGUCUCGCUUCGUUACUUUUAAACAAUUGACUGAAAAGUCUGCAUCACAGCACUGCCUGAUGUUUCUUUAUAUCAAAGGUGCCACGUUUGAGUAUAUAUAUCGUCUUACUGUAUUUAUGGACUUGACAUCAUUAUAAUUAUUUCACUAUAUAAAACAGAUUUUGAAAAGAAUGUAAAGAAGCCAUAUGUUAAGAAUACAUACAUAUUAUAGUUGGACAAACACAAAGUGAGCAAUAGUACGUUUUCUAUUUCUUUGUUGGCAUUUACUUUUUAUUUAUUGUACUUCUCAUGUUUACAGUUCGUAAGACGGUGUUGGUAAGAAAAUUAAUUUAUUCUAAUCAAAUGUGUCAUUAUUUAUUAUGGUUGUGUAAAAAAAAUUAUUUAUGUUGUUGCCAUGAAUUGAUGUACAAUGGUAAAAUGUGUUAGUGUUUUUAUGUUUAGUGCAUGGAAGCUACUGUAUGUUGUAAAUGUGUAUGUGACCACUUGCUUAAUAAACUAUGCUGUGGUAUAAAUAAAUGGUGAUAUGAAUAAUAAUAA